CCCACCUCGGGGGGGGUCAUCUUCCCGCACCAGAGCCAUCGUGUCCACAGGGCCAGGCCUCGGAGGGCGACACCGAGGGGACGCGCCUGGGCUCAACAAAAAAAGCGGAUCGUCGGAGGGCUGGGAAUUCCUGCCCUCGCCCCCCCCCAGCCCUCCCACCUGGGCCGCGGACGGGUGGUGGACGGCAGGCAUGUGCCUCCCCGCGCCGUCGCUGCGCCCUGGCGGCCUUGGCGGCGCCCCCGGCCUGGGCAUGGGCGGCCUGCCCGCUGGGCUCGCGGGCUUGAUGCGCCCGGGGAUGCCAGGAGAUUCCCAGGACUCGGAAUGCCCGGGAGGCCGGGCCUGCCGGGGCUGGGCGGCAGCUUGCCAGGUGGCCUCCCUGGCCUGGGCAUGCCGCGCCCCGGCGGCCUGCCUGGCCUGGCUGGCCUGCCAGGCCUGCCAGGGAUGCCCGGCCUCGGGAGGCCCGCAGGGCUGGGCCGCAUGUGAGGCGCUCGGCGCGGCGCUCGGCGCGGCGGGCGCGCGGCGCGCGGGGCUCGGCAGGGAGAGGGAGG